GAAAAAAGGACGAGAGGAUUCGGAUGGUGGAGAGAAUGGGGCAUUUGAAGGUCCUGCGGGGUGGGGAAGAGAGCUCGAUUCCACCUGUUCUCAUUUUUAUUGUUCCUCUACAACCCCCUGUCCUCACCAGAUAUAUUUCAUCUCUUCAUUUUUGACUACUAUCUAACUUACUCAGCUUCUAUUCUAUAUAAUAAUAUUUCUUGAAUCAGACGCUGGUCGUUUUUGGCUUUCUCCAACAUGGCUUCGGAAUCGCGUUUAUAUUCUUUCUCCCCAGAGACCAAAGACAAGCUGCGCAAGUUUCGGCUGGGAACAUCAAGAGCAAAGGAUCCGCAGGCUAUUAUCUAUGUGAUUGAUUCGAAGAAUCAAGAGAUCCGCCCCGAUGAUGAUCGAAUCUACUCAAAAAUGGAAGAUGUGGCCGAUGAGCUCCCCGAGUCGUCUCCACGGUUCAUCCUCCUCAGUUACCCGCUGACUCUGGGAUCCGGUCGGCUUUCGGUCCCGUACGUCCUCCUCUACUACCUCCCCGAGAACUGUAACCCGUCGCUACGGAUGCUCUACGCCGGGGCGGUGGAAUUAGUGCGCAGUACGGCUGAGGUGAAUCGGGUUUUGGAGGUGCAUGAGGAGGAUGAUAUCAUUUCGAUCGAGUCGAGACUCCAGGGGGACGAUUAGUAGCUUAUCGGGGUUCUCGUAUAGCAGGGAUGUUACUUGUCCGAUGCAGGUUGCUGGGAAUUGCUGGGUGUGAGCAGGUGGCUCAAUCGAUACCAGAACAUUGGAUUUGAAAUUCUUGGUAGCGUAUUCGAUACGCAUGCAUGAAAUCAAGAUCAUAGCAACCUGGGAAAAGACUGGAAAUUGGGCGUAUGAUGUGAUUAGGUUGGAUGGUGUCAAUUAUGGCCUCAGUUAGCCAUUUAUCUUCAAGAACUCGUACGCUACGGACUUAACCUAGGCCGAGAACAGAUAUCUGGGAGCUAACCGGGGAACACGGAUAGAGCAUUAUUAACCUCCGACUCCAGCGUAAGCUCCAUAGUUUAGUCCCUACAUUCAGGAACGCGGUUUCAUUAGAAUAGACUUUGUGGCACGGCAGAGUAGAACGAGGU